CCCUGCAGCAGCAGAAGACUAGCAGAGCGAGGCCAAACAGAACCGUCACAAAAAAAUAAAAAUAAAAAAGAAGGGUAGGCCUCGACGAAAAUUUCGCAGCCAUAGGCCCCGCUCCCCCCCGGCGCAGAUCUUUUCUCGCUCCCCUCUCCCCGCCGAUCACGCCGGCGGCGCGAUGGCGGCGACCUCCGGCGCGCCGGUUCCCGACGACAACGGGCACGGCCGCCUCGCGUCGUCCCUGACGGCGCGCUACUCGGACUGGGUGCUGGAGGCGCUGGACGAGCUCCCGGGGAGCUUCCUGCUCACGGACCCCGCCCUGCCGGGCCACCCCAUCGUGUACGCCUCGGGGGGCCUCGCCGCGCUCACCGGCUACGCGCCGCGCGACGUGCUGGGCCGCAACGCGCGCCUCUUCCAGGGCGCCGCCACCGACCGCGCCGCCGUCGCCGGCGUCCGCGAGGCCGUCCGCGCGCACCGCGCGCACCAGGCCGCGCUCCUCAACUACCGCCGCGACGGCGCCCCGCACUGGGUCCUGCUCCACCUCGCCCCCGUCUUCCACGCACGCGACGGCACCCUGCUCCACUUCCUCGCCGUCCAGGUGCCCAUCGCCCCCGCUGCCGCCACGCGCGGGGCGACGUGCCACGCCACGGGGCAUUUGCUAGCCGCGUGCCGCGACGAGGCUAGCAGGGUCGCAGAGGAUUUUCCCUGCUCCACCCACGCGGCCAAGGUGUUUGUCGAUAUGGACAAGAGAGGGCUGGAGGCCGAGGAACUGCGUGUAGCUAGUGACUGUGAGAAAGAGAUGGCAACAAGUAUGGCUAACAACAUUGUCUCUGUGCUGAACCGCUACAGCAAGCUAACUGGUCUAGUGGUCAGCAGCCAAAGAUGCAGCUCGGUUGGCAUCCCAGCACUCAGUUCGUCGUUAAACCUCUCUCUCGGUAGAAUCAAACAAAGCUUUGUAUUGACUGACUCCCGCCUGCCUGACAUGCCAAUUAUUUAUGCUAGUGAUGCUUUUACAUCAUUAACAGGUUACUCAAGAGAAGAAAUAUUGGGCUGUAACUGCAAAGUCUUAAACGGUCCAGGCACUAGCUUGGAGGUUUUAGAGGAGAUAAAUCAGCAUAUUUGUUCUGAGCAGGCAUGCACAGUGGAUCUACUAAGUUACAGGAAAGAUGGAAGUUCGUUCUGUGAUCUUCUACAUGUAUCUCCUAUCCGAGAUGCUUCAGGCAAGGUUGCCUUUCAUAUCUGGGUUCACCUUGACAUGGGUGCAAAGCACGAGUUUAAUGGGUUGGUCCCUGAAGUAUGGCUGCUUGGUGCUGUUGGAGCGGUGAGGGUUGCUGUGAGAGGCUUGUCGGCGUCAGGUAGCCUGUUGAGACCAUCCCAAUAGGAGUUAGUUUUCUUGCCAUUUCAUGACACGUCGGCCGGCCUUCCAAUGUACAUUGAUGCUUGCUAUUGUAUGUAAAGUAACUGGUUAGCAUAACAAAGAAAACAAGUUCAUUUGAAGGAAAAAUUCAUGGUAAAUACACGAUGUUGUUGUGAUUAUGUAACCAUGUGGAAUGAAGUAAAGAAGAGGAAAUAGAAGCUGCAGAAAUUCUUCAAUUCCA